ACUCCGAAUGGUGAUGCAAGGAAAUUGAGGAAAUUUGUAGAAUUUAGAAAGACUACUCUAAAAUCUCUCCUGAAAGUCGUGUAUGGUGAUGAAUUUUGGGGACCUGAGAGGAGUUUUCGUCAGGGUAUUUGGCCCAUAAGGGAGUAUUUGGGAGUCCCGUCUUCGCCUUAUUUUCCUGUCUAUGCUCAAGAACAAGGACCGCCUCCAAUGGUGCAGGAGCGUUUCCAGAUUGUUAUAAGUCAGGUUUUCCAAUAUAGAAUAAUCUGCUAUGGUGGAGCAAUUGAUGAUAAUAUGGCAAAUAUCAUAGUUUCGCAGCUCCUUUAUCUUGACGUUGUUGAUCCAAUAAGGUAUGUCCUUAUUUUUUUUAGUUUUAUAAAAGUGAUGCUUUAA